AGCAGAAUCGCUCUUCUCUUCUCCCUGCUGAUUAUGCCCUACCUAAUAAAAGCUAAAACAAGAAAUCCGGCUCUUUAAAAUGCUUGGGUGUAGCCCUCCCCAAUCUGAUUUCCGAAGAACAAAGUUAAUGGCAGCAAGUGCUUAGACUCUGGUGAUGCUCGGGGUGUUGUGUCUGCGUCCCAAGCCUUGGACUCUUUCGGCGUUAUCUUAUGCCCAGGUGGCUAUACAUCAUCGGUUCACCGAAAGGUCAAUCUCUCCAAUCAGUUGCAGCGGCGUUGAUCACUGGCGGCGCCACCACUCUAGCGAAUGUCGCCUCAGUGGCAUUGGCAACGGAACUGCUUCGAUAUGGCACGCUAUUCUUCCAUCCGGUGGCCGUGCUCGGAGUGAUAGCACUUUGAGACCAGCUUUUCAGUAUGUACACAAAGGAGAAGGGUCCUGGAAUGUGGCUUUGGACGUCCGUCCGGCCAGAUGGUUGCACGGCUCCGAUUCGGCAUGGCUUCUUUUUGGGGUCUGUAACUGCCUUGCACCAUUGGAUUGCUGUAGGGAAAGUCUGAGUGCGCCUGUUGAUGAUGGUGCUUGCAGUGAACUGGAAAAUGCUGAAAUAAGAUUGAAUGGAGAGGAUACCUCUUUAAUUGAUUACAGGGUGACUGGGGUAUUAGCUGAUGGUCGAUGUCUGUUUAGAGCAGUGGCUCAUGGGGCUUGUUUGAAAAGUGGAGAAGAAGCUCCUGAUGAAACCCGUCAGAGAGAACUCGCUGAUGACUUGAGAGCUCGAGUAGCGGAUGAACUGUUAAAAAGGAGAAAAGAAAUUGAAUGGUUUGUUGAAGGAGAUUUUGAUGCCUAUGUUAAAAGUAUUCAGCAACCCAAUUCAUGGGGAGGAGAACCUGAGUUGCUGAUGGCUUCUCAUGUCCUCAGGACGCCAAUAUCCGUCUUCAUGAGAGAUAGAAGUUCAGGUAGCUUGAUAAACAUUGCAAUUUAUGGUCAGGAGUAUGCACAGGAUAAUGAGAAUCCUAUUAAGGUGCUGUUUCAUGGCUAUGGACAUUAUGAUGCUUUGGAGACUUUCUUGGAUGGAAAUAACCAGAAAGUAGAAAUGUAAAGGUUGAUUAUGGAAGGAUAGAGAAAAGUUCAGUUAGAUGAGAUGAGUCAGUUUCAAUUGGAUGAGAGACUUGCUCCAGCAGUUAAGAUUUUCAAUAAGCCCAAUUUUAUGUACUGACUUAAAAAGAGGCUAGCUCCCUUGUUGUAGAUGGCCAGAUUUUUGGCCUACUCUGUCAAAUUUAAUCCAUGCAAUAAAAAAAAUAGAGCUGGUUAGUUCAGGGCUCAAAAAUGUCAUCUGCAAUGCCACAUGACUAUAGAAAGGUGUAUUGCCUUCUUCCUUGAAACUGACAAGGAUUCUGGCUGUUAUAAAGGCUCCUUUUUACUUUAUUACUGCUGUAUGCAAAAGUGGAUUAGUGUUUUGCUAAGAUAAACUUGAGUUGAGACUUGUGGGAGUGCCAAGGCAAAAUAUGAGAAAGUAGAAGCCAGCACAUCCCAAGCUACUAUUUAUGAGUUGUAGAAGUAGAAUAACACUGAACGAAAAAAAAAAUCACAAUAUACUGCAUAAAUCAAAAUAAAUUUAUUGCAUCCCUUAUCAUUUUGAAGUUAAACCCAAAUCUUUUAUUUUAUUUUUUUCAGAAUUUAAGGCUUUGUGUUUGAUAGAAAUAAGAGAAACAUAAAGUUAGGGAAAGUUCUUAAAGAGUUUCACAAAAUUAUUAAACUUCUCCUAACUUUCUCUUUCUCUCUUAUUUUCUAUCAAACCAAACACAGUGUAAUAGCAUAUGGAUGCAGAUUUAAGCAUCGACAUGUCCUCAGAACAGCAUAAACUGAUUUAGUCAUGAAUUAGGUAAGAAUUUCAGGUUGGAACGCAAGCUGGGUGGUUGCAAGCCAUUACUGUAUUAUAUGCUGAUAUUAUACUCUGUUUAACCUAACUGCUUCAAUGAUCCAACUUAGGGGUGAAUAUGAGCCAAGUUCAGCUGAAAAGUGUAAGGUUCGAGUUCGAUUUAAGCUAGAAAAUAUGAGCUCAACUUGGUUUGAGUUCAACACGGGGAUUUAGAUCGAGCUUUCCAUGAGUUGAGUUGGAAUAGCUUGCUUUAGAUCCACCCCUAACCCCACUAUUAUUUUACCACUAUAUGUGUUAGAUCUGAAUUUUUUUUCUGUUUUUAAUCUAGAGCACCAACAUGUGGCAUUUGGCUUCAAAGGCUUGAGGAAGCAAAUGAGUAUUCAACAGUUUACAACUUGCCAAAGGCGUCUUCCAUCCAACCAUCUGGUACAUGGUCGCAAUCAGUCCUGUCCGUUGUGUAAGGUGACCCCAAAAAAGCACUGGCCUACAAAUGAUGCUUUCAUUGCUUGUAUUGGUUGGUCCUUUGUCCGGUUUCUCAGCUUGUUGAGAUAUGAACUCCUACUGUUUUGAGAUUGUCUAGCUCUUACUAGAUGUCCGCUCUGCCUACUUUUCCAACUCUCCAACUUUCUGUGCUAAUUUCGUUUCCUAUUUCUUUAAAAGUAUCAACAUGGUAUAUCUAUGCAGACCUUUAACAUGUUUUGAUGAA